AUGAUCAUGACAAUUUCCCUCAUGAAGGACAACAUCCGAGGCCCAGAGGUCCUGGGUGCUCGGGUGGGUGUACACCACCAUGAGCACUCACUACUCCAGGAUCCAAAGGAGCUCAAUGCCACUGUGAGUGGGCCUUACCUGGAGAGCCUGGAAUAUUCCCAUAUGGGUCCUGGCCAGGGUGUCGCCGGACUUGGGAAGAUCGCGGGGAGAGGGCGCGGGCACGGAGCUGCGGGCUCGAGCCUGCGGGACCCGGGGCUCAGGCGCGCUGUGCGCUUUCAGGCUUGCGGUCGCCGCCGUGGUGAACGGGAAGCCAGCAUGGCGCGAGCGGGACACUCCGGAUCCGCACCGCGGGACACCUGGAUUCUGCGGCUGCUCUGCGGGCUGCUCUGCUGGAAUGUGGCCGAUGCUCACUCUCUUUCCUAUAACAUCACUGUUGUUUCGAGACAGUGGUGGUAUGAAGCUUACGGCCAAGUGGAUCAACAUACAUUCCUUUACUACAACAGUAGCAAUGACACGUGCAAUCCUGUGGGCCUAUUCGGGUUGAAAGUGAUUAAAACAGAGGCCUGGCAAAAGCAACCUGAUAUUCUGAAAGACAUAGGGGACAUCCUCAGACAGCAACUGGCUCACAUUAAAUUAGAGAGUGGUACAACCAAGGGAGAAGAUCCCUGCACCCUACUGGGCAAAAUGUCUUGUCAGCCUGAAGGCAAUGGAAAAAUCAGUGGGUUCUGGCAGUUAGUCUACAAUGGCCAGAUACUCCUCCACUUUGACUCCAACACCCAGCAAUGGACAGAGGUCCAUCCUGGAUCCAGCUGGAUAAAAAAGAUUUUGGAAGAAGACAGGUCUGUGACUGACGUCUUCUACAAGACUUAGUAGGAGACUG